AUGCACCCUCGACUUCCUGCACUCUGCGCAAAUAAAACAAACUCUCGCGAACAUAUACCAUAUUUUUAUUAUUUAGGUGUUUUGUCACCCAAUGGUUACUGCAGACCUUUUGAUAUCGCUGCAAACGGUUAUUCACGUAGCGAAACGAUAGGAGUGAUAUACCUUCAAAAAGCAAAGAAUGCGAAAAGGAUUUAUGCUAUAUGUCCUCAUAUUAAAACAAACAACGAUGGUUACAAGGAAGAAGGAAUAGUACAUCCAUCGAUGCUUAUGCAAAGUACUUUGCUAACGGAAUUUUACGAUGAGUGCAGAAUAUCAACAUCUUGCUUAGAUUACAUUGAAGCACAUGGUACCGGUACUAAAAUCGGCGAUCCUCUGGAAAUCAACGCUAUUUAUAACGUUUUGUGUAAGAAUAGAAAAACUCCAUUAACGAUCGGCUCCGUAAAAUCCAAUCUUGGUCAUGCUGAAGCUGCAAGUGGUUUUACUCAGAUCGCUAAGGCAAUAAUAGCAUUUGAAACCGGUUUUGUUCCACCAAAUAUCAAUUAUACAACACCACAAAAUAUAGAUGCCUUAAUAAAUGGAACUGUUCGUGUCAUCGAAGAACCGAUGCCACUUAAAAACGGUUAUAUAGGUAUCAAUUCUUUCGGUUUCGGGGGAGCUAAUUCUCACAUGUUAUUAAAGUGGAACCUCAAACAAAAAGUUAACAAUGGAACACCGAGUAAUGACUUGCCAAGACUUGUAAUAUUAUCUGGGAGCACUGAAGAAUCAGUGAAGUUAUUCUUAAAUGAUGUCGCUAAUCGUCCGAUAAAUAUAGAAUAUAUCCGUUUAAUACACGACGUCUAUGGGGACAGCAUAGAUGGUCACUUAUGGAGAGGAUUCACUAUACUGAAUAUUUUGCAACAAGAUUUAAUAAGAGAAAUUCAAAAUUGCAAGAAUGCGAAAAGACCUGUUUGGUUUAUAUUUUCUGCUUUAGGCUCGCAAUGGCCAGAAAUGGGUCGAAAUUUAUUAAAAUUUCACGUCUUUGCAAAUGCGAUAAGAGUGUGCGACGUUACUUUAAAACCAUAUGGUAUAGGUGUCGCGGAUAUUUUGACAAAGACAGAUGAAAAAGUGUGCGAAGACGCGUUACACGCGUUUGUUGGCAUUGUUGCUAUUCAGAUUGGUUUAGUAGAUCUCCUAACAUCAUUAGGAAUUAUUCCGGAUUACAUGAUUAGCCAUUCUGCUGGUGAACUUGGUUGCGCGUACGCCGAUGGAUGUCUCACUAUCGAACAAACUAUUUUAUCAGCAUAUUUUAUUGGUUUGGCGUGUGCCGAAGGAAAAAUAAUUCGUAGCUCUAUGGCAAUUGUCAGUCUUGAUUACGAGUGUCUCAAAAACAUGUGUCCAGUGGAUAUUGAAAUAAUAUGUCGCAAUAGCGAGAAUAGCAGCGUUGUGAGUGGACCCAUAGACUCCGUGCGAGAAUUUAUGAAAAUCUUGCAGAUCAAUAAUAUUCACGUGAAAGAGGUACACUGCAAUGUACCGUAUCACACUUCUUAUCUCGCAUCUGUGGAAAUUCAACUUUUGCUUAAUUUAAACAAAGUAAUAUCACGGCCGAAGAAACGGAGUCCAAAAUGGAUAAGCACUUCCAUACCUCGCACCGAAUGGUUCACCUCAGCAUCAAAAUUAUCAUCGGCGGACUAUCAUACACAUAGUAUAUUAAAUACCGUUCUUUUUGAACAAACAACGCAUCUAAUUUCAAAUAACGCAGUGACCAUCGAAAUUGCGCCAGAUAGCGUUCUGCAGCACGUUCUGAAAGAAUCCUUGUGUUCGGAAGUAAUGAACGUUGUAUUGACUCGAUGCACUGAACAAAAUGUUGACGCAAUUUUACAAGGAAUUGGAAGGCUGUAUAACUGUGGCUUACAGCCGAAAGUUGCUAAUUUAUACCCGCCAGUGGAAUAUCCUGUUAGUCGAGGAACUCCUAUGAUUUCCCCAUCGAUCAGAUGGGAUCACUCCAAAGAUUGGUAUAUACCGUGUUUUGAAACACAAAUGUCCAUAAAAUCUCGAGAAAGAUAUGUCGAAAUCUCACUCGAUGAUGAGGACUACUAUUAUAUGCAUGGUCAUAUAAUCGAUGGAAGAAAUUUGCUACCCGCGACGAGUUAUCUUGUACUCGUUUGGCAAACUUUCGGUAUGAUGAAAGGGAUAACAUACACAACAAUACCGAUAAUAUUUCGAGAUGUAAACUUUAUUCGCGCUACUCACUUGACGAAAAGUAAUGCUGUAAAAGUGAUGAUUUCGAUACAGAAAGAUGGGAAGUUUGAAAUAACCGAAAGAGAUAGCGUUCUUGUGACAGGUACAGUGCACGAGAUAUCGAAUCCAGAACAGGAAAAGAUUCGGACAGAUCUAUUACCGGAGAUUAACGAUGAAGAACAAUAUAUGACUGCUCGAGAUAUCUAUAAAGAGUUGAGACUGCGUGGUUACCAGUACAGCGGCUGGUUUCGCGGAUUACAUAGCGCAUCUAUUUCAGGCAAUAAAGGACAUAUUGUUUGGAAAACAAAUUGGGUAACGUUUAUGGAUACUAUGUUACAGAUGUGUAUUAUUGGAUAUGAUACUAGAGACUUAUGUGUUCCGACGAGUAUUCAGAAGUUAGUGAUCAAUCCUAAGCUUCAUGCAUCGAUGCUACGAAACAGCGUGGCUAGCGUGGAAGAUACGACAUGCAAGGAUAAAACAUUACCGAUACGAAUAUACAGAGAACUAGACACGAUUAUAGCUGGCGGAAUAGAGAUUCAAGGCUUAAAAACCACUCAGAUCUCUCGCCGAAGAUUGGGUCAGGAUGUUGUUAUCGAAGAACACGUAUUUGUAGCUCAUCAUGAUCACGCUAAGAUUUCUUUGAACGAAGCGAUUCGAAUAUCGGCGCAACUCGCGCUGGAAGAUCAUCAAAUCAUCCAAGUAAAAACCAUCGAGCUAGUGGAAGAUGUCGACAAUGUCACACCAGAAUAUCUCUCUUCUUCGUUGCUGCUUGAGGCUUUUGGUGAUAUGACAUUGAUACAAACAAACAUCAUUGUAUUGACAUCGCCGAAUCGUUUUAGUCCAGCAGAUCUACCGCAGAACAUUUCAAUUAGAGAUUUAAACCAACCAUCUGUAAAUGACAAAGCCUUAAUAGUUGCCGGAUUCAACCUUUUGACCAAGCAACCAGCCUCGUUAGAACGACUUUUUUCAUUUCUGAGAGAAGGUGGUUAUUUGUUGUCACGUGAGAAAUGCAACGUAGUUAACUACACCAAAUAUUUACAGCAAUACGAAUUAAAUGUUAUUCUUGAAAAACGCACCGACAAAGAAAUGAUUGUGCUUCUGAAGAAGAAAAUUCUGAUAGAAAAGAGAAUUGUUGUCUACAUAAAUAAUAAUAAUUUUAAUUGGCUGGAGGAUCUAAAACUGCUUGUGAGCGAUGAAAAUAAGCUUGAAGAAAAGAGUAGGAUUAUAAUUGUUGGAGAGAGAGAUUUUGAAUGCGGUUUAUUAGGUUUUGUUAAUUGUUUGAGAAAAGAGCCAGGGGGAGAGUUUGUUAGGAGUGUGCUUAUUCAAGAUGAGAAAGCCCCUAAGUUUUCUCUACAGGAUCCUUUUUAUAUACAUCAAUUGGAAAAAGAUAUGUUAAUUAAUGUAUUGCGAUUUAAUGAGACCUGGGGAUCAUACAGAUAUUUGCGAUUACCACUACCGGAAGCCGAACCCGUACCUACCGCUCAUGUAUGCCAAACGAUCCGUGGUGAUCUAGGUACAUUUUUUUGGAUAGAGAACAAUCUAUCUGUCGAAGCCCGUCGUGAGGAUUUGGUGCGUGUGGUUUACUCAUCGCUCAAUUUCAAAGAUGUAAUGCUUGCGACUGGUAAAUUAGUAUCUGAUCAAGCAAUCUCACGAGGACGGUUUCAAUGUACUCCCCUUGGGUUUGAAUACGUAGGAUUCGAUCCCAAUGGGCAACGUGUAAUGGGAAUCCGUGAUACCGAUUGUAUUGCAAACGUCGUUGUGAAAGAUAAAUAUUUCUGCUGGAAGAUACCCGAUGCGUGGACAUUCGAAGCGGCGGCGACGGUUCCGUACGUUUACAGCACGGUUUACUUAGCCUUAUACAUACAUGGGAAAAUGAAAAAAUUCAAUAAGAUACUUAUACACUCUGGUACUGGCGGUAUUGGACAAGCAGCUAUUCACCUUGCUCUCAAAGAAGGAUGCGAGGUGUUCACUACCGUGGGCACGAAAGACAAACGGAACUUUAUUAAGAAAAUGUUUCCGAUCAUUCUGGAUGAACAUAUUGGAAAUUCACGAGAUACCAGCUUUGAACAAAUGAUAAUGCGAGAAACGAACGGUCGCGGCGUCGACAUCGUGUUAAAUUCAUUGGCAGAAGAAAAGUUAAUCGCGUCCAUUCGUUGCUUGGCGCAAAAUGGUCGUUUUCUGGAAAUCGGAAAAUUUGAUCUCAUUUCUAACAAUCCGCUAGGUAUGUCUGUGUUUCAGAAAGGUAUUAGCUUUCAUGGGAUUCUACUCGAUAAUAUGAUGCGUCCUGGCGAUCACAAGUAUAAGUCGCUGUUGUCUAAAAUGAUAGCUGAUGGUCUUAAAGAUGGAGUCAUUAAACCAAUUCAAGUAAAAGUUUUUUCGAAAACAGAAAUCGAAGAAGCUUUUAGAUACAUGGCGAGUGGAAAACACAUAAAAAAGAUAAUUAUAAAGAUCCAGGAAAAGGAUAAACCUCUAGACGAG